CACGCCAAAAAUUACGAAAAUGUCGAAUUUUCUCAUAGAAAACUGUCAGUUGGAACCCCACCUAUUCCUUGAAUAAAUCCGUUAAUAAAAGAAUAAUAUUGCUGGGUUGUGGUGUGUUUGAUAGGCGUGUGUACGUAUGCAAUUUAAUGGUUUAGUGUGUAUACAUCAUCACCGAAAAUAGUCUGUUACCUAAAGACCUCGACCGCGUUUCGUUAAGCGUCGCGUCGCCGCGUUUGUCCAUUCUUGUUUGCGACUCUCUAAGAGUUAACUGUGUGUGAACUAGAAAAAAUUCGAGAGCACCAGUGAAGUGCAGCAAUCGUUCGUCUGAAAUUCAAAUCGUUAAUCAAAAUGACAUCGAGAACGAAAAAAGGCUCGACACCUGUGUCUCAAACGACGCCUUCCAGCGGCCGUCCUUCUAGCCCAUUGAGCCCUACAAGGGUUUCCCGUUUACAAGAAAAGGCAGAAUUACAAAACUUAAACGAUCGAUUGGCCACCUACAUUGACAAGGUACGUUAUUUAGAAGCGGAAAAUAGCCGGCUUUCACGGGAGGUACAAUCCACGCAAGAAACAGUUACGCGGGAAAUUCAAAAUAUUAAGUCCAUGUACGAUCAUGAAUUAUCUGACGCACGAAAAUUGUUAGAUGAAACUCAUCGUGAAAAGGCUCGCUUAGAAAUCGACACCAAACGUUUGUGGGACGAAAACGAAGAAUUAAAAGAAACGCUUGCUAAAAAAAGUAAAGAUCUUGCUCUAGCGGAUAAUUCUGUUCGCGUUUUAGAGACUCGUAACAACGACUUAACACUAAAAUAUAAUCAAGCCCAAAAUGAUGCUAAAAAGGCAAUGAGUGAACUGCGUGACCUUGAGAAAGAACGGGAUAAGCUUAAAAAACAAAUCGAGGAACUUCGCAAGCAAUUGGAAGAGGAAUCACUUGCUAGAGUAGACGUAGAAAACAAUAAUCAAAGUUUACGCGAAGAGUUGUCCUUCAAAGACCAAAUUUACCAACAACAGCUGACGGAGACUCGUACCAAACGUCAAAUAGAGAUAAGCGAAAUCGAUGGUAGAUUAGCUGAACAGUACGAAGCUAAAUUGCAACAAGCAUUGCAGGAAUUGCGAGAUCAAUAUGAAACCCAAAUGGCCAAUAACAGGCAAGAAAUCGAACUGUUGUACGAAAGUAAAAUUAAAAAUUUGCAAAGUGCAGCUAACCGCAAUACUGGCGCCGCUUCUGCUGCUCUUGAUGAACUCCGUCAAACACGAGUACGUAUCGAUUCCCUUAAUAAUCGAAUAACCGAAUUAGAAAAUCAAAAUUCGGCUCUAGCAAGUCGCGCUAGGGACCUGGAGAAGCAGCUAGAGAAUGAGCGUAUUCGUCAUGCUGAAGAUCUCGCCCUCUUGGAGGACGAAUUGGCACGUUUACGAGACGAAAUGGCUCAGCAAUUGCAAGAGUAUCAGGAUCUCAUGGACAUAAAAGUGUCUUUGGACUUGGAAAUAGCUGCAUAUCGUAAGCUUCUGGAAUCAGAAGAAGCGCGACUCAACAUCAGCGGGAAUGCUGCAGCUGAACUGCAGCGAUCAGUUCGAGGAAGCUCGACAUCCUCGCAAAAACGUUCGACACCCUUAAGAUCAUCGGCUGGUGUUGGUUCAAAACGCAAACGUACCCUAAUGGAGGAAAGCCAAGAACACAGUAUGGCUGAUUACAGUGUAUCAAACUCUUCAAAGGGCGAUGUUGAAAUAUCGGAAGCCGACGCCGAAGGGAAAUUUGUCAAAAUUCACAAUAAAUCCAACAAGGAAAUAUCACUAAGUGGCUGGCAGAUUGUCAGGAAAGCAGGAGAACUGGAAACUGUACACAAAUUCAAUCGUGGUGCAAAGAUCGAACCCAAAGGCGAAAUCACCAUUUGGUCGUCAGAUAUCGGCAAGGAUCACGAACCCCCAUACAACGUGGUGCUUAAGGGACAGAAAUGGUUUGUCGGGGACAAUAUGACAACGAAAAUAAUUAAUAGUAAUGGAGAAGAAGUGGCUAUAUCAGAAAGGAUACGUAGACAACUGUCGACUUCGCUAACUCACCAUCGACAAGUCAGGGGUGGAUUUUUAAGUUCAGAAGAACUUUAUCAUCAGCAAGGAGAUCCUCAAGGCGAAGAAAAAUGCUUGAUAAUGUGAAAUUAGCAUUAGUUUAGGUUUUUUCUUCUACUUAUUAGACACUGACAAACUGCCUAUUUCAUAAUAAGGUUACUCUUAUCGCGUAUUAUUGUAAAUUUAUAAUAAAAAAAAAAGAGUUUAAAAACUAGAAUAUAAUGAAUGAAAAGGAAAUCAGAGAAUUAUUAUACUUGACUAACUUUGUAUUCAUUUGAAUAUAUAAGAGUUGUUUUAAACUGUAUGUUGUGUUCUUAGGAGUAGUCAAGUAUUUUGAAAAAAAUAGAUAUUUUUAAAUUACGAAAUUCGUUCAUAUUCGAUUUAUUUACAUUAAAUGUGUUGCUCGUUAAUUUCAUCGGUUUCAUUCUGGAUUCUCAGAAUGAUCUUAUAAUGUUCAAGCCAAAUAUGCAUUUAUAAUGUGUACAAUUAAUAUUUUAUAUUGGUUGAAGCCUUCUUGCUGACUUCUUUUUUUUAAUAUUUUUUCAGUUUCCAAACUCGACAGUUUCCUAAUGUAGAAACCACAAAAGUACAUUUUAGAUAUAUGAAUGCAUAGAAAAAACAUAAAUCCCUUACUAUUAGAAUAACAAUAUUAUUUACAUUUAUGUUUUAUAUUUUUAAUAUUAAAGCAUUU